GCUCGAGGAGGUUGUCAGGGUCGGCCGUCUGGGGUAAGCAGCUGGCGAGUGUUCGGCCGGUAGUCAGCAAUGGCGGGAUCCAUGUUCACGCGCUUCGUGGAGCCAGGCCGGCUGGCGCUCAUCACCUACGGGCCCUGCGCGGGCAAGAUGUGCACCGUGGUCGACAUCGUCGACCAGAAGCGCGUGGUGGUGGACGGCCCGGUGUCGGUCACCGGGGUUGCCCGGCACAUGAUGCCAGUGAAGCGGCUGAGCCUCACCGACUUCAAGACGACCGUCCCGCGCGGCGCCCGCGAGAAGACGCUGCGGGGGGCCCUGGAGAGGGACGGCAUUAUGUCCAAGUGGGCGGAGACGUCGUGGGCCAAGAAGGUCAAGGCCAAGGAGACCCGCGCUGCCAUGUCCGACUUCGACCGCUUCAAGCUGAUGGUGGCCAAGAAGAAGCGCUCUGCAACGGCGAAAUGGACGAGAAGGACGAUGAGGAAGAUGGGACGUUAGGAGGAGGAGGGAGAUCAGCGACAGCAGCGAGGUCUCAGCACGCGCAUUUUCCAGCCAUGCGCCGCGGACCCUCGAGACGGCCGCGCUCGGCUGC